UGAUCACAAAAGAAGAAAGGGUUUAGCUUCAGCGUCUUUUCGGCAAUGGCGGGUCGUAAAGACAAAAUCCAGAAGUUGCGUGGAUCUCGAAUUGCGAUUGCCAUCUUGGUCGGAAUUCUUAUCGGGUGUGUCUGUUCCGUCUUGUUCCCGAACGGCUUCUUUAACUCGGGAUCAUCAUCGCUGAUUGUUAACGAAGAACGCCUUUCGAAAUCAACCUCUAAGGUUGGAUUGGCUUCAUGUGAAUCGUCUGAACGGGUCAAAAUGCUCAAAUCAGACUUUGCAAUUAUCUCGCAAAAGAAUGCAGAGUUAAGGAAGCAGGUCAGAGAGCUAACGGAAAAGGUACGGUUGGCGGAACAAGGAACGGAUAAUGCAAGGAAACAAGUCUUAGUUUUGGGAUCAGAGAUAAAGGCAGGAUCUUUUGGCACUGUCAAGAGUCUGAGAACUAAUCCAACUGUGAUUCCCGACGAGUCUGUUAACCCCAGAUUAGCUAAGCUUUUAGAGAACGUAGCUGUCAAUAAAGAGAUCAUUGUGGUUCUUGCAAAUUCAAAUGUGAAACCAAUGUUGGAGUUGCAGAUUGCUAGCAUCAAGAGGGUUGGUAUUCAAAACUACCUAAUUGUCGCCUUGGAUGAUUCCAUAGAGAGUUUCUGUGAAUCGAAGGAGGUUGCAUAUUACAAGAGAGAUCCAGAUAAAGCAGUGGACAUGGUUGGGAAAAGCGGAGGUAAUCACGCUGUUUCCGGACUGAAGUUCCGCGUCUUAAGAGAGUUCUUGCAGCUUGGUUACGGUGUUCUUCUAUCGGAUGUGGACAUUGUAUUUCUGCAGAACCCUUUUGGUCAUCUGUACAGGGACUCUGAUGUGGAGUCAAUGAGCGAUGGCCACGACAACAUGACGGCGUAUGGCUUCAACGAUGUGUUUGAUGAACCAUCCAUGGGAUGGGCUCGGUAUGCACACACAAUGAGGAUAUGGGUUUUCAAUUCAGGGUUUUUCUAUCUAAGACCAACUCUUCCAUCAAUCGAGCUACUGGACCGAGUGGCAGAUACACUCUCUAAGUCAGAGGCAUGGGACCAAGCGGUUUUCAACGAGCAACUCUUUUACCCUUCGCAUCCCGGGUACACUGGCUUACACGCUUCGAAAAGAGUCAUGGAUAUGUACGAGUUCAUGAACAGUAAGGUUCUCUUCAAAACCGUGAGAAAGAAUCAUGAACUGAAGAAACUGAAGCCAGUGAUUGUUCAUCUGAAUUACCAUCCAGAUAAACUCGAACGAAUGCAAGCAGUAGUGGAGUUCUAUGUUAAUGGCAAACAAGACGCGCUUGACAGCUUCCCAGAUGUGGUAGAUUCUGCUUAUAUACUUCCUCCAGUAAAAAAAAAGACAUUACCAAGCUCAGAAACCGUUCUUUUGGGCUCCAACUCAGCACCACCUGUGCUACGUAAUCCCGGCGGUGAUGACGUGGACAUCGAUUUCGGUGACGUGUUUGGUGGUCCUCCUAAGAGACGCUCUAAAGUUACUAAUAGUAACCAAGUCACGCGACAUAGCUUCAGUGAAUCCGCUCUCAGGCGUCGUGACGUCAUCGUCGACGUCGGCUCUCUGAUUCCUCAAGACGAGAAGCCUGUUUUCGGCGAAGAGACAUCCGUCCGGCGUCGUUUCACCACUGAUGAUUUCUUCGACGAUAUUUUCAGAGUUAAUGAAUCAUCAUCACUUCCGGGUUCUCGGAUCCUAAGCCCGGCUCACAAACCCGAAUCUUCAGGGACUUCGUCUCCUGCACAAUUCAGUCUUCCUGCAAAAGCAACAGAGAUUCCAACAUUUGGUUUAGCUACUCGUAGUUUGAGCAAGAACAAAGAAACCGUCUCGAGCUCUCCUUUGUCAAGAACUUCAAGCAAAGCCGAUAUGGUCUCUACUGCUAAAUCAUUUUCAGAGGAGGAUUGUGAUGAUCCUCCACGAGUUGUUGUUACUGGCAAAGGCAGGCAGUUUCAUUUCUCUAUCUACAAAUGGCCUAAUAAAGGAGUUCCUGUUGUUAUUUGGGGAAGCUCUAGAUUGAGUUCUAUGUCUAAAGCUGAGGAGACAACGCCGGUACCAUUGAGUGAUCAUCGAAAAACUUCAGUUGAGAAAUCGGAUAAAAAUGAAGAAGGAGAAGGAGAAAGUGGUUUAUCUGGUUUGAAAGAGGAGAAGAAGACCUCACUAAAGCGUCCUGGUGUUCAGACAGAAGAAGAGAAAACAGAAACCGAUUUGAAGUCUAAACAGGCCUUCUCUGGUGUGUCAAAAGCUCAUGAAGCUACUACUGUGAAGUCUCUUCAUUCAAUUUUGCAUGAAAACGAUGAGAGACAAGGUGAGAAAAUAGUAUCAGAGAGAGAAGUGAGAAAAGGUAAAAGCAAAGCGAAGAACACGCAAAGUUUUACUGAGGAUUCAAGAACAAAAAAGAAACCACAAGGCACUAAAAGUUCUUUGGAUAGUAGCCCGAUACCCGAUAAAUCCAGCUUCGCAAGUUCAUCCGCAGCACCAGAAGUUGGCAAAGAUGGAGUCAAAGGAAAAGUGAGUGACUUUGUUAAGAUUUUCAGUAAAGGAGCUUCAGUUGGAGCAGGUGGGGAAUCUCUUGGACAAAGCUCUAGAUGGAGAGCUAAAGAAACUCCCAAGACUGAUAUCAAUCUUGAUGCUGCUAAUGCCAAGGAAACUGUAAACAUUCCUCAUCAACAAAAGAAAUCGACUCCAGAUAUCCCCGCUAUGAAUCAGAAAAAGGGUUCAGACCAGGAGAGCAUGAACUAUAAGGCUCCUGGUGUUACUGUACAAGAAGAGAGACAAGAACCAAGCACAACACAUACUAACUCAGAGAAUAUAGAUGAGCCCUUCCAUGUAAAUUUCGAUGUGGAGGAUAUAACACAAGAUGAAAACAAGAAAAUGGAAGAAACCAAUAAGGAUGCUGAAGAAAUUCAGAACAUUGAUGCUAAAAUCCGCAAAUGGUCAAGUGGAAAGAGCGGAAACAUUCGGUCUCUUCUAUCCACGCUGCAAUAUAUUCUUUGGUCCGGGAGCGGGUGGAAGCCAGUUCCUCUAAUGGAUAUGAUUGAAGGAAACGCGGUUCGAAAAUCGUACCAAAGGGCAUUACUAAUCCUUCAUCCAGACAAACUACAACAAAAGGGUGCAUCUGCAAACCAGAAAUACAUAGCUGAGAAAGUUUUCGAAUUAUUACAGGAAGCAUGGGACCACUUCAACUCGCUCGGACCGGUUUAAAGGAAAAAAACGAGUCUUUAGUCUUUUAGUUCUUUACACAAAGGCUAUGUACAGAGAGAUACGGUUCUGAAUCAAAAGAUGUUGCAGAA